AUGGGGUCAAAGGCCAACAUCGGGGUGGACUGCUGGACGUUUUCAGGCGCAGAGUUGCUGGAUGUCGAUCAUGUUUGGACGAGUCUUGGCUUCGAGUCGCAUCUCAGUGACGGCAACAUGCCGCGUGUCAUAUCAGGCGGAGGAGAUGGCACCGGGUCCUUUGCCAUGUUCAUCGUGUUCUUGGCGCUGCGGGCGGACGAUGCGAGAAAAGUCGAAGGACUCGAGGAUAAAGGGAAUGGCUUCAUCUGGUCAGAUGCGGAGAUGGCAGAGAGCUUCCCCGCCAUUGCGCAGAUGCCCCUGGGCUCCGCCAACGACUUCGGAAACAUCCUCGGCUGGGGUCAGAAAUAUCCCGGUGACGUCUCUUGCCCCUGCGGGCCGUGCGGGGGCCGGGAGACCGCCUUCUCCAACCUCAAGCGCUGGCUCAUGGCUGUCAUGAAUCCGAAGUCUCGUGUUGUGAACUUCGAUGUCUGGGGGCUAAUGCCUCCAAGAGGCCAAGAUAGCUGCAACUUCAAGCUGGCAGAGCUGACCGGCCGACGUGGCCGAAAUCCCAAUGCCAAGGUGGAUGGUCAGCGACAAGUGCGCUUGAAGCAGGCGGGCAAGCCCGUGCCCUUCUUCAUCUGCUUGUACUUCUCGGCUGGCCUCGGGGCCUACAUGACCUCACGAUUUCAAAUCAACCGGCGCAAGACACCGUUGCGGAACCGGGCAGAGUAUGUCCGGCAGCUGCUGGGCAUUGUCACAGAACCGACGCCUCCGCAGCUGAGCCUGCGGCUCACCGGCAUCACCAUAGACUGCGAGGAGGAAGCGUACUUCCCUCCGCGACGAAACUUGCCCAACCAGGGGAGGAAAUACCGCGAAGUCGGCUUUUACAACAUCAACUGGCAGGCUCACGGAUUGCACGGAGCUGACCGGGCCUCCGUCGGCUCCCGACUCUGCUGCUCGAGCCGUUCACCUGUGAAGUUCAACGAUGGGAAGAUCGAUAUGUUCAGAUGGAAGUUCGCGUCCUUCUUCAAGAACCCGGGCACCACGAUGCAGACCGACAAGAAGGAGGAUAUGCUGCUCAACUUCAGCACAGAACAGCAGAAGGGCAAGGGCGUCUUCUUCCAGUGGGACGGUGAGGCACGAUACGCCUUCAAUCCGGAUGGUGAGGAUUUCCAAAUCUACAUCAGGAAGGUCUUGAACGUCCCAGUGGUCAUUGGGCCAUGGGUUGACGAGAGGCUCACGGGAGACCUGAACAACGGCGAGCAGGUGGAGUUCAGCUUCUUCGGCAAAGACGCAGAAGACAAGCAAGCGGUCCGCAGGCGCGUCCUUCAGCUUGUCAGCGGCGGGCUGGACACCGAGCUGAUCGCUUCUGUCGAGGAGAUUUUGGGUGCCGGCCUGAGAAUGGCGGGACCGUCACAGUGA